UGAUUAUUAGUGAGCUGGACACAGUCAAGAAACUGUAUGAAUGUAGGUCCUUUAUCAUUUCUACACAGUUUAGAUUUGGUUUCAGUCAUUUUAAAGUAUAUUGAGUUCGUCUCCCCCACGGGCCGGAUUGGACCCCUCGAGGGCCGGAUCCGGGCAGUAUUUUGACACCCCUGUAACUAAACCAUCUUUGGUUACAGAUCAACAGGAGAUGUUUUCAAGGCUACAAUGCUGAAGUCAACUGAAAGAAAACUUCUGCUGUCACAUAGCCUGGCAGUUAAGAGUGUUGGUCCAGUAACUGAAAGAUUACUGGUUUGAAUCCCCGAGCCGAUUAGUUCAAAAAUCUGUUGAUGUGCCCUAAUUGCUCCUGUAAGUCGCUCUGGAUAAGAGUGUCUGCUGUCUAGUGGAAAUAUGCUUUGACAUUUGAAAUAAGGUAACUUCCUGACACUGAAAGGAUAGUCAGAUAAGUGGAAAGAUGGUAGGGAGAAUAUUACCUGAUGAAACCAGUUCUAUGCAAUUGAGCUUUUCAGGGUUGUUCACACACAGACAGAUGAUGCCAUAUCUCAUUGACAACAGAUGGAAAGGACAAACGCAUUCAGACAGAUGAUGCCAUAUCUCAUUGACAACAGAUGGAAAGGACAAACGCAUUCAGACAGAUGAUGCCAUAUCUCAUUGACAACAGAUGGAAAGGACAAACGCAUUCAGACAGAUGAUGCCAUAUCUCAUUGACAACAGAUGGAAAGGACAAACGCAUUCAGACAGAUGAAACCUGAGGGGUACACUAUAAAGCAGGAUCAAGGAGUUACCCAGCUAACUUACCUAAACAUUCCGAUAUAACAUUUACAUUUUGUAGAAAGAUAAGAUUGAAAUGGGCAUGGUCUAAUUUAUUUAAUAUCUAUGUUGUUUUUUUUGUGAACCAUAAAAUCAAUAGUUAUUUCUGGUUACAUAUCAAAGUCAGCUAACUAAUGGAUUAUACUUUUUAGAGUACCUGUCUGAUUUCCGGCCACAGACAUAAAGUGCUCAUGCCUUACAUCCAGGUUCAUGUAGAGACCAUGUCUAGUUGUUACGAUAUUACUAAAGGUUUCAGGAAGUGUCGAUUGCUGAAAGUACACAAAAUCUAUCAAUGUACCAAAAACAAACGUACUGGACUGGAUACAGCUGGCAUGCAGGUCCUCAGGAGGAAAUGAAAACUUCAGUCUUCUCCAGAUAAUGUGGCACCACCUGCUGGUAGGAACAAGGUCACUGUCUGUUGGAUUCAAUGAAAUCAACCCGCAGAGGGAUAGAGGGAUUGGGCCAAAAGUAAUCUUCUAAAACUAUAAACAAAGAUGAAGAAAUCUAUUCAGAGCCUGUGCCUGUUCAACAGUUGUCUGACCAAAGCUUCAACUUCUAAACAAUGAAACAACAAUCAAAACCUAUUUUUUUUUCAUAAAUACAUUAUAUGAUAACAAUAUCCAAAAUAGACAGUAUGCCUCAACAUUUUGUGAAAUCGUUAUACAAUGGGAGAAAAACAACAAUCCAGAAAAUAAUAGAUCAAUGCAUGCAUUAUAAAAACUAAUUUGACCUUUAUCCUGCAUAGUUUUGUCUUUUUUCAGGACUGGGGACGUGUCAAGGGCACAUCUGGAUAAUAUUAGAAGUGCUAAAGACGCAGCAGCAUGAGCAGAACUCUCUCUCAGAAACAGGACAGAGAAACUCCUGGAACUGUCUCUCAGAAGAAGGAUUCAAAACCUUCCAGAACUGUCUCUCACGUCAACCAACAACAAACAUACAGCCAGAUGCCUCUGGAAUUCAACCACACAACUCACCAGGGAGACAUAUUUUUAGGUUAGUUCAGAACUGAAUUCUCUUAAAGGAAUAUAUUUUUGUGGUUGUGUUUGAGAGUAGUUGAAAUAAGUCCUAAAAGUGUGUUUGAUGUAUACCUGGAUGUUGACACUGCUCGUCCUGAGCCUGGGGUUGGGGCAUGCUCAGAGGUCCACCCAGGAAGCCUUCAUGAUGCAGUAUUUUGAGAGGAGGAUUGCUCAACUUGAGGAGCGUCUGAUCAAAUGUGAGCAGAACACCCAGCAGGUGGACCAGAAGAUCUAUGACCUGUCUACAAAGCUGCGUGGCCAGCUGGCUAGCAUGGAGGUGCACCGAACGGAGGUAAAGACUCAGGUGGAUAAUGUAGCCAUGCGGGUGGAGCGAGUAGAGAGGGACCUUGAGUACCUGGAGGAUAAGACCCCUAACCAGCCCCACAUCGAGGUAGAGGAGGCCUUGAUGGAACAGCAGAUGAAAGACGCCCAGAAGAAAAUAGUAAAGAUCACACUGGGGACAGACUGCAACAUAGCUCUCACUGGUGUGAAGUCUCUGAAGAUAGUGAAGAAAGCAGGGGACGUCUAUGGAUCCUGGCUGAAAGACCCUACUAAGGGUUCUGCCAAAAUCUAUUUCUUCAGCGGGAAUAAGAACAACACCGUACUGGAGUUUAAAUCCUUGAAGACCUUCACUGAGGGAAGGCUCGCCCAGGCUCAUCCAAUUCAACUCCCCUUUCCCUGGCAGGGAACUGGCCAUGUGGUCUACAAUGGCUUUCUGUACUAUCACAGGGCAGACACACCCAAUCAGAUCUUAAAGGUGCAUCUCCUCAACCGCACUGUGGCCGACAGUAUGCUGCUGCCCGGGGUUGGCCGCCUGCCUACCUACGCCCUCACCACGCAUACCUUCCUGGACCUGGCUGUGGACGAACUGGGCCUGUGGGUCAUCUACUCUGACCCAGAGUUUGGGGGCAACCUGGUGAUCACCAAGCUGGACAAGAGCAGCCUGGCUGUGGAGCACACCUGGGACACCACCUGUACGAGCCGUGACGCAGAGUCAGCAUUCAUGAUCUGUGGAACGCUGUACGUGGUGUAUAACUCCCGCUACGGAGGGCGCUCCAGCAUUCAGUGCCUGUACGAUAUCCACGACACCAUCCACAGUGAGGAGAGCCCUGUGCUGUUCUUUCCUAAGCGCUACACCAACCACUACAGUAUGCAUUACCACCCCAAGGACAAGCAGCUGUAUGCCUGGGACGACGGCUACCAGACCAUCUACAAAGUGGACCUCAAGCGCAAGGCUGAAGUCUGACACGAGUCUACAUUAAACGCUUAUCAGUCAUAGAACCACAGAAGUAUUCAAAACAUAACUAAUUAACAAUGUCCAUAUUCUUAUCAUAAUAGCUAACAAUAAUCCAUUUAAGUUGAGGUAACACAAUACACAGUUUACUCAAGGCCCAUAUUUUCACGUGACUUUCUGCAAGAUUAUAAUAAACUGCAUUUAAAAAGUUGUCUUUCUGAGAGCAAUGUAGUGGUCAGAUGGUUCUUAGUACAAUGUAGUCAGAUGCUUCUUGGAGGUACAGUGACAGAAAAUACAUUUUUGCCAAUAUGGCACUGUUGAACUGAAUGAGGUGAGAGAGCUCUCCCAAAACAGUAGCUUUUUGCAUAGUCAUAAAUGUUUAUGGAGCAACUUUUAUGACCCUGCUGAACACAUCAGAGCUCUAAAGAUUGUAUGUGCCUGUAAACUAAUGGAAAACUAAAUCUGACAUUUCCACAA